UAUUUUUUUAAUUUUGAUGCAAUAAGGUGGACCACUCCCACUCUCUCUUUUUUCUCUUUAAAUUUCAGACGCAAAUCUUGAGCUUCUCCAAACCCCUUCGUGUCCCUUAAUCCUCUCUAAUGGCGGAAAGGCCUAAAAAAGAUCAUCCCAUUAGAUCGCCUGACAUAGCCCUCCCUUUCUGCUUCUUCUGCAUGAUGAACGAACCCGACCCAGUUCUCAGAACACUCAAAAUUACUGAAUACUUCAAAGAAAUGCCUACGAGAGAUGAUCGUGAGUCCGUUCUUGCAUUGAGUGGGCUCUGGAGCAUCGCCAUGACUCGACCCAAUAACCCGGAAUUUCCUGAGAUUGGGAUUUUCGAGUGCAUGGCAAAGCUUAUUUGCAGAGGAAUUAGUGAUAGGGAAUGGUUGCUUAGAGAUCAGAACGUUUAUAUUCCUUACUAUGCUGCUCAUAUUAUUGGGUCUUAUGUCAUGAACAGAGCUGAAUUUGCUGAAAUUGCUGUUGAAUCUGGUGUAAUUCCGCCAUUAAUGGAGCUUUUGAAAGGAAAAUUCAGCUGGGUUGAGCAGAGAGUGGCAGUUCGAGCUCUUGGACAUUUGGCAAGCCAUGAAAAGACAUUCGAAUCAGUAGCUGAAAUUGGAGGUGAGGUCGUGGCAUUGGCAAUGGAAAUUUCUUCAAUAUUUGUCGAAAAUGUUUACAGACAAUUCUUCCGUCUAAAACAGAGGUUGAAAUAUCAACGAAAUUUGCUCACCAGAGGCCUCGGAGGGGUAGAAAUUGAGAACAGAAAAGCAGAGGAAUGGGCCAUUCAAACGCAGUGUUGGUCUCUUUAUCUUCUUAAUUGCUUCGCUCGUAAAGAGAGACAUUUGAAUUUACUCUGUAAAAGGGAUUUCUUGAAGAAUUUGUGUCAAAUUUGGGGUGGAUUAAUGAACCCAGAAGCCCCUGCUGGAAUUGGGCUUCUGAAAACUCUGUGUAAAACAGAGCCCGGAAGAAAAAUGGUGGCGGAUUUAGAACAAGUCUUGAAAUCACUGUGUGUUCUUGCAAGAUCCUCAGAUGAACGGCAGGUUAUGGCAAUUGAAUGCCUUUUAAGUUUGAUCAAAGACCCAGAAACCCGACACAGAGUACUCGAAACCUCUGUUUUGUCUCUUGUCGAUUUGGUAGAGCUGGAAAACGGCAGUGAAUUAAAGAAACCAAAAUUGGGAGACACUUUAACCCAAGCAUUGUUGCAAGAUUAUCACAAAAUCAAAUAUGGAAAUCAGAAGCUGCACAGUGAGAGAGCCAAGAGAGCUUUAGAGGAAAUCUGGGAGUUAAAAGUUGAGAAGAAGAGGAGAGAGAAAUUGAUGUCCGAGAAAGAGGUGAAAAAGAGGAAACUCUUGGUGGGUAUUCUAAAAAAACAGGGGAAUCACAAAUUUAGAAACGGAGAGAUUGAAAAAGCUUCAAUGAAAUACACAGAAGCAUUGAAUAUAAGUAUACCCAAAAUGAGAAAACAGAGAAUAGUGCUUUAUAGCAACAGAGCUCAAUGUUUUCUUCUACUGAGAAACCCAGAAUCCGCCAUUAGUGACACAACUCGAGCUCUGUGUUUAUCAAAACAGGGGAGUCCUCACAGUCGAAGCCUGUGGAGAAGAUCGCAGGCUUAUGAUAUGAUGGGAUUGGCUAAAGAGAGCUUGAUGGAUUGCUUGCUAUUUGCUUGCUGCAGAAUUAAGUUGAAGCACAAGAUUCCGUGUUAUGCUGCUCGGAUGAUCAGCAAGCAGGCGAAUGCCACGUCAGUAUUUGGUUCUGUGAAGGUUAGAACAUUCGAAGAGACGAAGAGCUUGCUCGAGAAUCGCCAAUGGCGGAAUGUGACGAUUGAAGGAUGUUGAUGAGGAAGAUGAAGCAGAAGAAGAAUGCCUGUAGGAUUGAGUUUGAAUUCUUGUUUCCAAUCCCAUGCAAUAUGUGGCUGUAGGAUUGAGUUUAAAAAGAAAACUCAUUAUUAAAUAUAUUUUUGUCUCUCAAAAAAUAAAUAAAUAAA